AUGGCGGAAACUAUUGUUUCUAAUCAGGUUGCAACUGUUUUAACUGGCUUAUUUUCGAUCAUUUUUAGCUUCGGUGGAUUGGCAAAUUUUCUAGUUUUGAUCACGCAUAUUGAAUAUCAUAAAAUCCUGUUAAAGGAUUCCAAAGAUAUUUUCACAUUUAGCUUGGCAUUAAAUGAUUUUUUAAUGUCGACAGUUGUAACCACUUUUCCUCUUUCUUCAGCAGUCAAAAAGAGAUGGACAACAGGACAGUAUGGAUGCAUCGUUUAUGGCUUCACAAGUACUUGGAUAGGACUUUCUUCAAUGUUACAACUAGCUGCAAUAGCUAUUGAACGCUGUUAUAAUUUAUCUCAGUUCUUGCAUUAUACAAGAAGUAAAGUUCGUGCAGUUUAUACUGUUUUGUCUUGUUGCGUGAUCUCAUUUUUUGCAAGCUUGAUGCCACUUUUUGGACAUUCAAAAUAUACUCUUGAAGGAUAUGGCUUGCACUGCUCAAUUGCUUGGGAACGAUCACAUAUUUGGUAUUGUUCAUUUCUUCUAAUUUUCUUUUUUGUUCUUCCUUUAUUUUCAAUAACGAUAUCUUACAUCAAAAUACUCCUUGUCAUUCGUGGAAUGCAUGGAAAAGCAAUUCAGAUAUGGGGAAUAAAUUCUUCGGAAACAUUAAAGACUUACACUGCUCAUGUGAAGUUUACCAAGCAGUUAAUGGCUGUAACUUUCGGCUUUCUGAUUGCAUGGACACCAUACGCUGUCAUUUCUAGUGCGCAUGUGCUAACCAAUGUGAGAUUUGAAAAUGCAUUAUAUGAACUGCCGACGAUAUUUGCAAAGACGGCAAAUGUUUAUAAUCCUAUUAUAUACUUCUUUAUGUACAGAAGUCUUCGUCGACGCGUUUCUUUAGUUUUGCGGAGAAUGAUGAAAAGUGUAACGUCAAGGAAGUCACCAAGUGCAAUAAAUUCCAUAAUAUAUAUUGGCAAAUUUUCUUAG